UCUUAAAGGGGGUGGAGGUCUGGAAUCAGGAGUGGUCCGUGAUAUGUGUAACUUUUGAAAGGGGUCUAAUUUGGUUUUUGCCUCACCCCUCAUAGAGAGUGAGUGAAGAAUAAGGAAAGAGAUGAUACAAUAUUAGGUAGAGAUAGUCCCCACUUCUUCCACGCAGAAUUCUCACAGGAAUGAGGCAAAAAUACUAACCUACUGCGCAUGCUUAGCAGUAAUAUUAAUAUGAAUAAAACCAGGUUGUUUCCAAGCCAAAGAACAAUGGGGUGAUGUCACCGCAACAAUGUCCCCUUUAAUUGUCCAGUGGGACAAUCGUGCGUCUGUCCAAGCCCCCCACCCCCCUUGCACCCCACCCUCCACAUAGGCAGCGGCCACCUACGGCCCCCUCUGUCCAUUCACGGCGAUCCAAGAGUGGUAUGCGGCCUCGCCGGGCCCACGUCCAGCAGCUCAACGGAGGCAUUAUCGCGCUCUCGGUGCUUAGCAUUCCGGUGGGCUCGGCGUCCAUGUUACUUGCAAAACGGGCGUGCGUGCCGCAGGAGCGUGCCAUGCCCAGCGCAGAGUGAGGCCCCCCGAGAAGCGCCGCUGGAAACCCGUCCCGGGCGGAGACGCCGAGCUCGGCCCCCAUGGGCAACACCAGCUUCACCGAGGGCAAGACGGCCCUGACGCUGGGCAACACCAGCAUCAAGCGGGGCAAGUCCAAGCUGGCCCUGGGGAACACCUCCAUCUCCAGGGGCAAGAGCACCACCUCCAUGGGCUCCUCCACCAUCACCAGCGGGAAGACCAAGAUCUCCCUGGGGGGCGCCUCCUUCAGCAGGGGGACCACCACCACCUCCUUCCGGAAAGCCAUCUUCCCCAAACGCAAGACGCUCUAGGUGAGGAGGGAGGGACCUCACCUUGGCGUGGAGCAAAACAGAACAUCUGCACCUGCUCUUCUCUUUUUUUUGGAUUAAAUUCACUUCUGGUUAGGUUUGACUUUUAUGGGCCAGGCAGGACUCGCCGGUCAAACAGUCAAAUUAGCAGCAGAUGACGACGCAGCAGAGUCGACCAGGUGGACGCUCUGAAGAGACGUCCAAGUGCGGAGAGAAAGAGAGAAAGAGAGAGAAUAAAUAAAGAGAGAGAAUAAAUGUAUGAUGAAUAAUUCAGGGAGGAUACUUUGGGUGGAAGCCAAAUUGAAAGUGAAACUUCAGUCGGGCGUGUCUCCCAUCCUUCCUUCAAUUUUGCCCAUGGAUGCGUAGCAAGUGUUUGGUGGUCCGAGGACGUGUAGCUGCUCGGAUUGAGAACUAUUUUGGACGCGCUUCAAAUUCCUGUGAAAGUGGAAGAAUGUGAACAUUGAAGUUUCCCACUGGCCGCAAAUAUUUACCAUUGAAACUGUUUUAGUGCUUUCAUUUCACCUCCGGUCCUCACGGGGGCGCUCAGAGGAGCAACAAAGAAGAAGAGUCGCCCUAUUUUUGGAAAAUAAUGAUUUUUUUUGUCUAUAUUUGACAGUUUUGUUUUCAUCCUCCAGCAUCUUCUCUCCUCCUCAGAGUCUCACAGUUCUUGUUUUUUUUUCUCCCCCCGAUAGGUCCACGUCGACACAGUUCCUGCCCCCCUCCCCCGACGCCACGCCAGAGAAAACAAACACUAAACAAACAGCAGGAGGCCUCGAUCAAGAAAUUGUCCGAAAAUCCAUUCAGUGAGACAGCCGUCGCCCUAAAACGAAACUUGUUACUAGCGGCAACAGCAGAUUAGACUGUGCAUGAGAAAUAAGAGGAUGUCGCCAGGCUGCCUGCUCUUCUUCUUCUUGCUCUACUUUUGACGCUUCCUGGUUUUUGAUGAUGUCACAACAUCUUCAUCGUGGCUUUUUGAGCCCUAAUGAAGACAAGGUCCACUGUCCCCUGCGUUGUACCCCAACAAAUCCUACAGGCCCAGGACUAAAGAGUGGUACUAAGUAGGGGCGUGAAACUUCCAUCCAAUUCCGAUUCCUGUAGUGACGAUUCCAUUCAGAAUCGAUUCAACACAAUUCUCGAUUCAAACUAAUUCUCCCAAUGUAAAAGUUGGAAUUGUUAUUUGAAAAAAAAACCAAUUGUAUUCAUUUUCAAAAAUAUGCAUAUAUAUUUUUAUUAAUUGACAAUUUAUUAUAAUUAUUAUUUUAUUUAUUUUUUAUAUUAUGAAUCGAUUUAGAAUCGGGAUGAAUAAGAAAUAAGAAUUGGGAUUUGGAGGUGAGUCGAUUUUUUUGCAUGGAGCUAGCCUAAAAACGUCAUUUUAAAAACAAAAACAACGUUUAGUCCUUUUUUUUUCUUUUUUUUUUAAUAUGUUUUAACAUUAUGAAUUGAUUAAGAAUCAGAAUGAAUAAGAAUUGUGAUUUGGACGUGGGUCAAUUUUUUUGUAUGGAGAUAGCCUAAAAAGGUAAUUUUAAAAACAAAAAACCAUUAGACCUUUUUAAGUUUUUUGUUUGUUUUUUUAAUUAAAAAAAAUGUUUCGAUUUAGAAUUGGAAUGAAUAAGAAAUAAGAAUUGUGAUUUGGACGUGAUUCGACUAUUUUGCAUCGAGAUGGCCUAAAAACGUCAUUUUAUUUUAAAAAUUGAUUCCUAUAAAACAGAGAAAAGACAAAACAUUUGUAAAAAAAAAAAUAAUUAAUUCAAAUAAAUUACAAUUUAUUUAAAUUUUUUUUUAUUUUAUGUAAAUGCAUUUUGAAUCAGCACGAAUAAGAAUCGGGAUUCGGACGUGAAUUGACUUUUUGUGCACGCCAAGUACCUAGCAGACCUCCACCAAUGCUAACAGGAGCUCCAUUUUGCAUGAAUUUUGUUACAUUAUUCCUCGCCCCUUCCUGCUCUGUCACUGAUAAGAACAUAAUGGCAAAUUUUCCAAGAUUAUUUGUUAUUUUGCACUAUAAAUAUAUUUUAUUGAACAAUUUAUUCAUGAAUUAGUUUUAGUACCAAACAUGCAUCAAAUUAAAUUAAAGUUUGAUUUAAAAAAAAAAAAUCAUCAUAAGAUCAUUAGGAUUUAAAAAAUAUUUACUGAGAAAUUUAAAUUAUUGUAAUUCAAAUGUUCACAAAAGUGUGCUGAAGUUGCAAAUUCUGUCAAUAUUUACAUAACGUCUGUAAUGUAACAAAAAAACGACCCUCCAAAAGGUGCCCCACAAACACGGUUUGUUAAAGUUAAUACGCAUGUUAAAGAGAGAGCAUGUAUUGUAAGUGUUAGGUUUCAAGAAUAAUAAUCAUAAUAAUCAUAAAAAAAACUGUGCUUGGUGCAUUAAUCCACCGCUAACGUCCGCUAAGCUAGCACGGCAGCUUGAGGCCUGAGGAAGUAGGCCACACCCCCCGAGUCCUGCACCAUCAAGACCACAGCCGAUCCAGGACCCUCGCCGCCGUCCACAACUCGACGCGGAUGGCGGGGCCGCCUUCCUCUCUCAGAAACCUCACGACUGUCGCUCAUUAGCGGGAGUGCAAAGAACAAGCGCAGUAAUCCAAUACUGAUGGAAACGUGUGCAUGCUUUCGUUUGCGUCUCUGUCUUUGUCGGCUUUCUCCGUCCUUAAAACGCUCUAAAAAGGUCUCUCAGGUCCGUCUGUGUCAGCGCCGCUAAUCUCGGUCGUUAUUUUCUUUCUGCACCAUGUGACUUUGUGUGUGCCUCGCUGUUUGUAGCGCGAAAACUAAGCAGGAACGUUGGAACGUACUGGAAUAAAAGCUCUUGAUGGUGUGUCUA